GCUGUCGCGAGGAAGGGUACGCCACUUAAAACACGAAGAAGAAGACCUCCGCCUGCCUGUAUCCAAGGAGACCACAGAGCCGACACUCCAGCUCAGUGUCGAGAGGCAAAGAACAUCGAGAUGUCGUUUUUAUUUGACUGGAUCUACAGGGGGUUUAGUAGCGUUUUACAGUUCCUGGGUCUGUACAAGAAGAGUGGGAAGCUGGUGUUUCUGGGCCUGGACAACGCUGGUAAAACAACACUGCUGCACAUGUUGAAAGAUGACCGACUCGGUCAACACGUACCGACACUGCAUCCGACUUCUGAGGAGCUGACCAUCGGUGGGAUGACGUUUACCACGUUUGAUCUGGGAGGACACGUGCAAGCACGGAGAGUGUGGAAGAACUACCUGCCUGCUAUAAACGGAGUCGUCUUUCUCGUAGACUGCGCGGACCACGACAGACUCCAAGAAUCCAAGACCGAACUCGACGCUCUGCUAGCGGAUGAAACCAUCUCCAAUGUACCAGUGUUGGUGUUGGGUAAUAAAAUCGACCGCCCGGAGGCCAUCAGCGAAGGAGGACUUCGAGGAGCUUUUGCUCUGGAUGGUCAAGUCACAGGAAAGGGAAACGCGUCUUUGAAGGAGCUGAACAUUCGACCGCUGGAGAUUUUCAUGUGCAGCGUGUUAAAGAAACAAGGCUACGGCGAGGGUUUCCGAUGGUUAUCACAGUACAUGGACUGACGUGCACGACUGAGGAGGGAUUGUCUCGACACAUUUUAACGACAAAGACUUUAUCUCUUCGCCAACGUCGAUCAAAUCACAUUAUGAGCGAAUUAUUUUUCAUUUCCUAAAGCAUUUAUUCAGGGUUUAAAGGUUUCUAUGCAAACUUUUAAAAAUGGUUCAUGGUGAACUGUUAAUGUGAGAGUCGUCCAACUGCAUGACAUGUUCAUUCGAUUACAUCGUACCAGAUUACAAUACAUGUGCAGCCAUACGUUGUGCGAGAAUGUAGAUAAAUAGACAUCAGUGUUGCAUUAUUAAUUAUUUGACUGCUUGAGUUAGAAUUCAUUAACAAGCGAGUGAUGAAGAUUGAUU